AUGGGUAACAAAUUAACAACAUGUGGUCUUUCAAACAUCUGUGGAGAUUCGGGGAUUUGUAACUUACACAUUUUACCAUCAUCCAACCCACAGGGCACUAUUUGUCGAAAGGACUACCAAAUUUCAAAUUUCUUAAUUGAAACAGUUUAUUUAAAUAUAUCAAUAUCCAAUAAUUGCACAAAUGUUUACUCUCGUUUAACCAUGCGUAGAAAUCCAAAGUGUGCGAACUAUCGUGCAGAUCUAGUUCUUGAUGGAGAUUGCCUUAAAUUACUCUCUGUCAAGAUAGAUGGAACUAAACUGGUAAAGAGCCUGUACAAAGGUUAUUUCCAACCAGAUGGCCCUGAUGGAAAGUUGGUUAUUACGAGUAAUAUGAUGCCAAAGAAGGAUCAACAAUUCAUUUUAGAGACUGAAGUUCAGAUUGUCCCAGAAGAAAACACACGGAAUAUGGGACUUUAUUAUUCCGGAGGUAUAUACUCUACUCAAUGUGAAUCUGAUGGGUUUAGAAGAAUAACUUAUUUCCUGGAUCGUCCAGAUAUCAUGGCAAAGUACAGAGUGCGUAUUGAAGCUGAUAAGUCUAAGUGCCCUAUUUUACUGUCUAAUGGGAAUUUAGUCGAAAGUGGUGAUAUUGUUUCGCAAUCAGACGAAGAACCCAUUAGACACUAUGCUAUAUUUGCAGACCCCUAUCCUAAACCUUGUUACUUAUUUGCAGCUGUUGCUGGUAAUUUACAAUAUAUUGAGGAUUCAUUCGUAACUAUGUCUGGACGUACGGUGAAGUUAUUUAUUUAUAGUGAGCCAAGAUUUGUAGAUAGACUAACUCUUGCAAUGGAAAGUCUAAAGCUAGCAAUGAAAUGGGAUGAGGAAAAGUUCGGUCUUGAGUAUGACCUAGAUAUAUUCAAUAUUGUUGCUGUAGAAUCAUUUAACUUUGGUGCAAUGGAGAAUAAGAGUCUUAAUAUUUUCAAUGUUAAUUGUCUAUUGGCUUCAGAUACUUUAAGUACUGAUAAUGAAUUCAUCCUAAUACUAGGAGUUGUAGGCCAUGAGUAUUUCCACAAUUACACUGGAAAUCGUGUUACAUGUAGGGAUUGGUUCCAAUUGACUCUUAAGGAAGGUCUUACUGUGUAUAGAGAUCAGGAGUUUACUAAAGGCUUGGCUGAUAGAUUAAAUCAAUUAUUACUUAAUGUUGGCUAUAUGAAGUCUAUUCAAUUUGCAGAGGAUGCUGGACCUUUAGCUCAUCCUAUCCGUCCUGAGUCAGUUCUUUCAACAAAUAAUCUCUAUACUGUUACAGUAUAUAGGAAAGGAGCUGAAGUAGUGAGAAUGUAUGAAGUAAUUUUAGGUAAGGAAGGCUUUAAAAAGGGAAUGGACUUAUAUUUUGCUCGUCAUGAUGGACAUGCUGUGACUUGCGAUGAUUUCCGUCAAGCAAUGGAAGAUGCAAACAAUGUAGACUUAACUCAGUUUGAACGUUGGUACAGUCAGGCUGGUACUCCUGAAGUUGAGGUCGUCUCUACAGUUUAUGAUAGUAAGCUGAAGACUUACUCGAUAACAUUAAGACAAAGGUGCAAUCCCUCUCCUGGUCAGCCCAGAAAGAGACCCUUCUAUAUCCCAAUUACUGUUGGUCUUUUAUGCAGAGAAACAGGAAAGGAAAUAUUACCUUCUAAAACUUUAAUUUUGAGUUCUCAACAAGAGACAUUUGUUAUUGAUAAUGUAGAGUCAGAUCCAGUUCCAUCAAUUUUGAGAGAUUUCUCUGCUCCUGUACUUCUUAAAUAUAAAACUCCCCUAACUGAUGAAGAAUUAGCCUUAUUAUUGGCUAAUGAUACUAAUCAUUACAAUAGAUAUGAGUCUGCUCAAGCUUUAUUUAGAAGAGUUAUUUUGGCAGGAGUGAACAGUGUCUCUGCAGAAUGCAGUGUUAAUGAUGUUAUUAACCAAAAUCUCUCAGAGACUAUCUACGGAUGUUUUGGAGCUCUCUUAUCUAGUGUGAAUACUUCAGCAAAUCCUGAUGGAGAUAUUAAGCCAAUAGUUGCUGCAACCACAAUUAUGUUACCAAGUUUUACUGAGAUUUUAAAUCUAGUAUCACUUGUUGAUAUAGAUACAAUUGUAACAUCUGUAAGGGCUCUACAGUGUGCUUUGGCUUCAAGAUUUGAGAACGAGAUAAUCAAUUUAUAUCAUACAGCUAAUAAAGAUCUUCUUGCAUUAGAGUCUCAAAGCCCAUUUAUUAAAGGAAAGGGUUUAAAUAUGGAGGCCAUUGGACUUCGCAAAUUGAUGAAUGUCUUGCUUGAUUAUUUGAAGUAUUACAAUCCAGAAAAAGCUUUAGAAUUAGCUUAUCAACAAUUUACUAGUAUAUCUAUGACAGCAAAGCUUGGAGCUAUUUCUGCAAUUCUUACUAUAAAUAUAGAAUCUGAGGAGUCAAAGAAGAUCUUAGACUCAUUUUAUGAACUUUGUAAUAUUGAUGCAAUGACUUUAAACAAGUUCUUUUCUAUACAUGCAUCAAUACCUAUACCUGAGACAUAUGAUAGAGUAUUUAAGUUGUAUCAGCAUCCAGAAUUCGUUGCAAAAAAGGUAAUUCCAAGUUGUUUUACAAGUCUUGUAGGAGCUUUCUCUUCAAAUAUUGUUGCAUUUAAUCGUGUUGAUGGAUCUGGUUACAAAUUUUUGGCUGAUGCAAUAAUAGAAAUUGAUAGUAUCAAUGGGAUGACAGCUGCAGAACUUUCUAGAGGAUUUUCAUAUAUACACAAGCUUGAUCCUAUUAGACAGGCAUUAAUGAAGAGUGAAAUAGAAAGGAUUCUUGAUAAGCAAGGAUUAUCCAAAGACACUAGUGAAAUUCUAAGAGGUAUUGUAAACCAGUGA